GUUUUGUCUGUGUAGUCCGGUAAAACAUGGCCGCCACACUGAGGAGCUAACCGUGGUCAGUGAGAAGAACUCAGUGUUUCUGCGGUCUGUUUUAAAUCUGCAUUCAUAAUGAUUACUCCUGCGUUUGACCUGAGCCAAGACCCUGAGUACUUGAUCCUCAGCAUCCGUGUGCCCUACACUAGAACAUCAGAGUUUGACCUUUACAUCGAUGGAUCAGACUUCAAGUUCUAUGCCAAGCCUUACUUUCUAAGAUUAACUCUUCCUGGAAGAAUUGUGGAGGAUGGGAGAGAAAAGGCCAAAUUUGACAUUGAUAAAGGUCUUUUCACUCUUCGGGUUCCAAAGGAGACAUCUGGGGAAAACUUUGAAGGACUUCAGAUGCUGACGAGUCUCCUCGCACCGAAGGGCUCCCGUUCAGCAAAACCAUUGGUGGAAGAUUUAAGCUCAGGAUGCAGUGAAAGUGUCAGAGACGAUGAAGAGGAGGAGGAGGAUGAUGAAGAAUUUGACUGGCAGGUUGAGCAGGAGGUGUACACAGAGAGCUCCGAGGAGGAACUGAGAGCCCAGCAGAAAUAUGGCUUUGCCAACCAGAGGUCUGGAGUGUUUGCCAGAUUACAGGAGGAGCUCAGCGAUGUGAUCGAUAUCAAAAACCCAGAGGGAACAACAGCAGCAGAGAGGAGGCAGGCGAGGCUGGAGGCAGAAGCAUCUGCCUUUUCAACUGACCACUACCUUGCUGAUUUGUUUGAGGACGAUGAAAUAAAGGGACUGCUGAAGUUUAAACCAUGGUGGACAAAGAUGAGUCCUUCUACGGUGCAGGAUGGAGACGCUG